AUGUCCCAACUUGCAAAAGUCUCUCACUCACCAACCACCUCAACAUGGAUGUCGGGACUGGACGACGUUGCCUGGCUCACUAUUUUUGACUUUCUUUCCAUUUCGUCGUAUGGUUCCGUGGUUCGACUUUGUAAAAAAUUAAAUUCUCUCUUUUCUGAAUAUAAAUUAUUUAAGCAUGCACAACAAAUCCUCACGAAAGAAUUACCUCCAUUCGGAACUCGAAAACCAGAAUAUUUCUUUUAUUUUUACAAUACUCCGAAAACCAUUCUGGAAUACAUGACCUAUUACAAAUUUAGUGCAAAUUAUAGAAAUGAUCAUAUUUUAGAAAGAGUGAAUUGGAUAGAGCCCAAUAUUGUCUUAAAAGAUGAAUUGUUAGGAAAGUUUGCAAACAACAUGUACAUUGCUGAAUAUUUUGUUUCAAAAACGAAGGGAAAAAUUCUAGUGGAUGCGCCAUCGGAAUGGUUGGAACAUCGAGAGUUGAUGAAGAGUGUUUUCUCUCUUCCUAAACAAGGCUCGUGGUUUAUAUUAGUGAAAUCGCCCUCCAUUCGAAGUGACUUGGAUCUUUGUAAAUUAGCAUUUCAAAAUCGUCACCCAAAAGUAUCUCGUUCGAUUAUUGAGAACAUGAUUAUGAAGACUGAAGAAUCUCAAAUUGAAGCCAUCAAGUUCUUUGGAUUGGAAUGUUUUCCAUACAUUACGAAUAAGAAUUUAUUUUCAGAUAAGGAACUCAUGUUUAGAGCCAUUCGAGCGAGCAUUCCUCACAAAAUUCAUGCAUCAUCCACAAAUAUCCAAAAUUACAUUCCACUUGACUUGGUACAAACCAGAGAGAUGAUGCUCACAUUGAUGGAGGUGAGCGCUAAAUAUAUUCUUAAUUGUUCUCCAUCCUUUUAUGAAGAAAAUAUGGACUUGGUGACCAUGGCCGUCCAACAAGAUCCUGAAAUACUUUGCAAAUUAUCCACUCCAAUCAUAUCAGCACUAGAAUAUCAAACGGUGAAGCAAUGUCUUCAGCAGCAACCACUAAUCUUUUAUUGCCUUCCAUUACAUUUGAGACAAACUCCUGAAUUGAUUUAUCUUACUUUUCAAUCAUCCUCAUUUACUCUUUCUCAUGGAAAUCCAUUAUGGAAGCAAAUUUGUGAUGGAAUCACUCAAUAUGAUGCGAUCAAAGCAUUUGCAGAUUGUGGACAUCUCAGCAUGAUCCGUCGAUUCAUAAAGCUCACUUCUGAAAUGGAUCAAAAAACUCUCAACUUGCUACUCACAGAUAUUUCUUUAAAACGACUCAAUCGCUUCCUUUCAUGUGCUCCAGAUCGUCCAGAAUUUGUAUUUACCAAAGAAUAUAUAUUUCCAAUGUUGUGUAAACAGUUCAGACUUCAUGAAUAUUCUUUUGUGGCAUCCUUGUUACAAUAUCGAGACUAUAUAUUGAGAAUGAUCACUUUGAAUAGAGAUCCAUUGACUCUCGAUUUAGACAUGAUUCGAACGGAUCAUGUAUUGUAUUUCAUUGUGGCCUUUCCAAUUAUUAAUCAAAACAUGGAUGAGAGCGUUGUGUGUGAAGAAUGCAGAACGAUCAUACUCAACUUGUGCAAGAAUCGUUUUUUCAACCUCUCAUUGAUGAUGGAUUUCAUUCCAUCUGUUAAAGAACUCAUUCUUUGUGACACUAAUUUUGUGUUGCGCAUUCUUGAGGUGAAUGUGCAGUUCUAUCGAAUUCUUCCAGCCCAAUUAAGAAAUUCGAAAAAAUAUCCAGAAUUGGCUUUAAAGGUUUUGCAUGAUGGGGAAUUACGAACAUAUGUGAAAGGAAUUUCCUCUACCUCUUCUUCUUUCCCUUCAAAAACAAAUUGUGAUUAA